AAAACUCUGAAACUCAGCAGAAAGUACAUACAAAAUGAGGCUGCAGCUCUUGUUUUUCCUCGGCCUGAGUGCUCUAGUCAGUGAAGGAGAAUCCUCACACGAUGCCGAGAGGCGUAUGCAUCCGGUGUUCUCGCUACUGGGAACCGGAUCAAAUCCAUCAGGAGGAGGUCGGUUCAAGCGAGCCAUGCCCCAGAUCGUUUUCGAUGCCCUCAGGACGGAGGAGCGGUACGCCGAGUACUGGCAGGGACUGGCGGCCCAGACGCUGGAACAGCAGCUGGACAGUAAGCUGCGAUUGAACACCCAGCUGGCCAGGAAUGUGAUGCUCUUCAUUGGCGAUGGCAUGUCCAUACCGACGAUCACGGCCGGUCGCGUUUACUUGGGCGGCGAGGAGAAUCAGUUCGCCUUCGAGCAAUUCCCGUAUGUGGGUCUCAGCAAGACCUACUGUGCCAACAUGCAGGUGGCCGACUCCGCCUGCACCGCCACCGCCUACUUGGGUGGCGUCAAGGCCAACUACGGCACAAUCGGAGUGACGGCAGCGGUGCAGUUCAAGGAUUGCCAGGCGCAGUCACUAGACGCCCACCAUGUGUCCUCCAUUGCGGCCUGGGCGCAGAAGCAGGGAAUGGCCACGGGACUGGUCACCACCACCUCCGUAACACAUGCCUCGCCAGCUGGCGUGUACGCCCACCUGGCCAACCGGAACUGGGAGAACGACGCCGAAGUGGUGGCAGACAAUGGUGACCCCGAUCUGUGUCCGGACGCCGCCGCCCAGCUGAUAAACAGUCCGGUGGGUCAGAAACUCAAUGUGAUAAUGGGCGGCGGUCGCGAGAAUUUCUUGCCCAAAGGCACGACGGAUGCCAGUGGAGCACCUGGUCGCCGCUUGGAUGGACGUAAUCUCAUCGAGGAGUGGAAGAGCCAGCACACGAACAGUGCUCAUUACGUGGAGAACCGCAAGCAGCUGCUCAACCUUUCCAAUCACACUUCACGCGUACUGGGCUUGUUUGCGCCCUACCACAUGGCCUACCAUCUGGACGCGAAUCCCGCGGAGCAACCAACCUUGGAGGAGAUGGUCGAGUCGGCCAUGGAAAUCCUGGAGCGUCAGAGUGCCGGACGAGGCUACUUCCUGUUCGUGGAGGGCGGCCGCAUCGAUCAUGGCCACCACGACACCUUGGCUUUGAGGGCCAUCGAUGAGACGGCGGAGUUCGACAAGGCGGUGCGAUUUGCCAGGACUCACACGAGCACGGAUGACACCUUAAUAGUGGUCAGUUCGGAUCACUCGCACACCAUGUCGCUGGCGGGCUAUUCCAGCAGGAAGAACGAUAUCUUCGGCAUCAAUGACGGACAGCUGGCGGCGGACGAUUUACCAUAUGCUACCCUGAGCUAUGCCAAUGGACCGGGCUAUGAUAGCAACUACCUCAGGGAAGGAGGCGCUGUGAGGAGGAAAAAUCUGAGAGCCAUCAACAUGAAGAACAAGGACUUUAUGUUCCCCAGCACAGUUCCCUUGGAGUCGGAAACGCACGGCGGCGACGAUGUGGCCGUCUUUGCCAGUGGACCUUAUGCCCAGCUCUUCACCGGAGUUUUCGAGCAGCACUUCAUACCACACGCCAUGGGUUACGCCUCUUGCCUCAGUGAUCGUAACAUGUGCGUGGAUGGGGGCGUGGCACGGAGGCCGCGCUGAAACUUGGCGGCGAUCAAGGGUCGAAUGGAGCACCAUGAGUCUUAGCGACAAACGUAUUAUUCUCGUUUAAGAGAGAGGGCACAAGAUAAGCAAUCUUUUAAGGGGGUUACUAAAAUAAAUAAUUGAAAUCUGACAAA